CCCGUCGGCUGAGGCAAUUUAAACCAUAAACUGUUCCCGUUACUAUCCUUCCUCUAUUCAAAGAAGAAUUCACCAUGGCCAGCAUCUUAUUGCUUCUCACGGCCAUUGCGUCGGUCCAUGCGCAGACAUACAGUGGAUGCCACAAUCACUCCAGUGUGGAAUAUUGCUAUGGAAGCGAUGGCAGUGAAACACCAGUCUUUACAUACUCCCAAACAGGGACAGCCACCUUGCCUGCUACUGUAGCAGCCAGCACCACGAGCACCGGUCAGACAACGGCUGUGACUGGAUGUCAUAAUCAUGGAUCGGAUGUGUACUGCAUUGACAGUGAUGGUCAUGAAGUUCAAGUGUCGUUGACAGCGACUCCGACGGGAGAACUUCCAGCGCAGUACACCAGCUGUCAUACUCAUGGAAGUGAACAAUACUGCGUUGACCCAGAUGGAAAUGACGUGCAAAUCCUUGAAGAGGGGGCAUCAGCAUCUGAAGAGACUGAGAGUGAAUCGAGUGGAGAGUCUGGAGGAGAGAAUUGCCAUUUCCACGCUGGCGUUGAACACUGCGUGGGCGCAGGAGAAUCAGAGUCCAGUGGCACUUCCUCAUGCAAUGUUAGAGAUCGUGAUUACGAUCUUCCCCUGCGGAUCGGGACGCUUUUCGUGAUUCUUGCUACCAGUUCCAUUGGAGUUUUUGCUCCGAUGCUGCUCGCUAAACUGCCCUUUCAAACACUCAAUACGAUGGUGUCGACUGCUAUCAAGCAGUUUGGAACUGGUGUCAUUAUCUCUACUGCUUUUGUCCAUCUUUACACCCACGCAACCCUAAUGUUCACCAACGACUGCCUCGGAGAACUCGAAUACGAAGCCACUACUUCUGCCGUCGUAAUGGCCGGGAUUUUUAUCUCCUUUUUGAUCGAAUACAUCGGCCACCGCAUCAUCCUCGCUCGCGCUGCCAGAGCUUCAUCGACCGAAACUGAAUCCGCAUCCCAGGCCGUUCCGAAAGAUUCUGCCCAUCACCAACAAACCAGCGCAUUGACUCAGCUUAGCCAUAACCACGGCCCAUCCGAUCCCACGAAACCCGACACAAAGUUCUCCGUCUUGGUCAUGGAAGCAGGUAUCAUCUUCCACAGCGUGAUUAUCGGUGUUACCCUCGUGGUCGCAGGGGACUCAUUCUACAAGACCUUGCUAGUAGUCAUCGUCUUUCACCAAUUCUUCGAAGGUCUAGCUCUUGGAGCUAGAAUCGCAAUGCUGCCAGGGAAGAUCUUGCCCACCAAAGCCUUGAUGGCGGGAGCAUUUGCACUGGUCACCCCGGUUGGAAUGGCGAUCGGGAUGGGAGUGUUGCAUUCGUUCAACGGGAAUGACCGAGACACACUGAUUGCGCUGGGCACGUUGGAUGCGCUGUCUGCGGGCAUUCUCGUGUGGGUUGGUGUAGUGGAUAUGUGGGCGAGGGACUGGGUAAUCGAGGGAGGAGAGUUGAUGGAUGCCAGUAUUGGCAAGGUGAUGACUGGUGGGAUUUCAUUGGUUGCAGGAAUGGUCUUGAUGGGGGUUUUGGGUAAAUGGGCUUAAAUCUAUCGACAUUGAAGAAGAAUCUGUACAUGGUUAUGCAUCUCAAUUGAACUUGGAUAUUUAAGAACCAGCACU